AGCUGGGUGGUGCCAGCAGAGCCGGCGCUCCGGUGUAAACAGCAGGAAGUGUCUCUUAGCUGGAGACAUGUACUCCGUUCUGUUGCUCCUCCUAGUCUUCUUCUCCUUCUGGACCGGAGGGGACCGACUCUUCAAUGGAAGAUCUCCAGUCGGACUGGAUCUGGAUCUCAACCUGGACCUGUCGGCGGUGUUUAGCCGGGUGGAUCCCCGCUUUCUGUCCGUUACCAUCGACGCUAGUCUGGCAUCAGAGGAGAGGUUCAUGCUGCUGUUGAGGUCUCAGAAGAUCCGGACUCUGGCCAAAGCUCUGAGUCCAGCCUUUUUAAGGUUUGGAGGAACUAAACAGGACUUCAUGGUGUUCAGUCCUCAGAGGAGUCAGCAGCUGGAUUCAGAUGAGUCUUGCAGCAGUAUCCGACUGCCCUGGUGGCUGGAGCAGAGGCUGAAGGAGGACUUGACUCAGCAGCAGCUCAUCCUUCUCAAAGAAGAGCAGCAGAACAAGUACAAAAGAGUCCACUUUACAGAGCUCACUGUGGACCUGCUGCACUCCUUCAGCAGCUGCUCGGGUAUGGAUCUGAUCUUCGGCUUGAACGCUCUGCUCAGGACUUCAGACAACAUCUGGAACAGCAGCAACGCCCGCUCUCUUCUCCAGUACUGCCAGUCCAAACAAUACAACAUGUCGUGGGAGCUGGGAAACGAACCAAACAGUUAUGAGAAGAAGGCUGGGAUCCGGGUGGACGGACAUCAGCUCGGAGUCGACUUCACCCAUCUCAGAAAGAUGCUGUCGGAGUCCAAACUUUACCGGGACAGCGGUCUGUACGGCCCGGAUGUGGGUCAGCCGCGGGGCCACAAACUGGACUUACUGGAGAGCUUCCUGCGGAGCGGAGCCGAGGCCAUCGACGCCUGCACCUGGCACCAUUACUACGUGAACGGCAAAGACACUUCUUUAGAGGAUUUUUUAGAUCCUGACGUUCUGGACACUCUGGCUUUCAAAACCAAUGAAGUCCUGGAGAAAGUACAGCAGGAGUCGCCCGGGAAGUCUGUGUGGCUUGGAGAGACGAGUUCGGCCUACGGAGGAGGAGCGGCGGGACUGUCGGACACGUUCGUCUCCGGGUUUAUGUGGCUGGAUAAAUUAGGCCUGGGAGCCAGACUGGGCCUGGAUGUGGUGAUGAGGCAGGUGUUGUUCGGCUCCGGGAGUUACCACCUGAUCGAUGACAACCUGGACCCCCUCCCUGACUAUUGGCUGUCUGUUCUCUACAAAAAACUCGUUGGACCAGAGGUUUUGAAACUUCUGGCCAUUUCUGAUUCUGGCAGAAGUAAAAAAGUGAGGCUGUAUCUGCACUGCGCCAACAGGAAGAGCUACACCAGCGGAGCUGUCGUACUGAUAUUCAUGAACCUGAGUAGGAAGCCAGCGAGGAUCUCACUUCCUGCCCUCGUCUCCAGCAGCACAGUGGACGCUUUUGUCCUUCAGUCCUUCGAGCCAGGGGAGGAGGGACUGAAGUCCAGGUCUGUUCAGCUGAAUGGAGUGCUAUUGAAGAUGAUGGAUGAUAAAACUAUCCCAGAACUUAGCGGAGCUCAGCUACUUCCAGCUGAACACCUGAAGCUUCCUGCGUACUCCCUGGGGUUCUUUGUCUUCUUGGAGGCCCAGGCGCCGGCCUGCAGCUGAGCCCAGCAGAGAUUCUUCAGAUGUUGCCGAACAUUCUGGGACUGCAAGAGGACUGACUAAGAUCAGGACAUGAUCUUCAGCUGUGGAGUUUCUCUCAUGCAGGAGCUGCUAAAGUGUCCUUUUGUUAGAAUAUACUGAAGUGGUUUUACACUGUUUUAAUCAUUUUCUCAGAUUGGGUCAUCAUGAUACUUUUAUGAAAUAAACUACAUGUUAAACCUGA